UAAAUUAUCCCAACGUUAAAAUUUAUUAUUUUAUAUACUAAAUAUAUUAAUUACCAGGACGCAAUAUAACGUAAUAACAGAUAAUUCCAUGGGACGUACAUGUAGUAUUUGAAACAAAAAAUUGAUAAUAUUCGAAACGUUGUGAUGAAGGUCAGAAUAUUAGCAAUGGCGAGCGGGCGUGUGCUCAUCGUUGGUAAAGUGAAAAAAAAAAGGUGAAAGGUGAAAUUCAAUGGUGGUGUAACGAAAUUUGGGCAGUAGGAGGACCAGUAUAAAACGACCGUAGCAUUCUCGAAUCAGCAUCAGUCACACCAGUCUUCUCUUUCAAACAAGAGUAGUCACAGAAAUCGAUUUGUAACCAUGAAGAUGAUCAUAGCUUUCUUCGCCGUUUUGGCUGUCGCUCUCGCUCUUCCGAGACCUCAGGAUGAAGUGGUGCUCGUUAAGGAAACUCCCUCCGACAAUAUCGGUCUUGGUAAUUACAACUAUGGCUAUGAACUCUCCAAUGGUCAACAUCAUGAGGAAUCAGGCCAAUUAACGAAUGUUGGCACUGAAAAUGAAGCUGUUGCUGUUAGGGGUAGCUUCGGUUGGGUUGACCCAGUUACCAAUCAACGAUACACUAUCAGCUAUGUCGCUGACGAAAACGGAUUCCACCCACAAGGCGAACACAUUCCUUCCUAAAUCUUUAUAUCUCUUCUAAAAGAAUCGCUUGUUACACGACCAAUGAUCCAACAACAAGAACAACUCGAAGAAUCGCCGAGACUCAUAGUUACCUGAUUAAUGACUACCCUCGUUUAGCGACUGAGACCAAAGUUUCUUUCACUGGCGCUGUAUUAAUUCCGAACUUGUAUAAAACUCUUUGAUAAAUAUAAAUGUAUAGAUAAUUGAAAUAAAUGUAUAGAUAAAUGUA